AUACUUCAGUUUGUAGGCGAAUCAAUGCAGCACAAUGCAAACUGCAGCGUGUCAUUCAGUGAUUUAACCUUCUCUCUGCUGACCUUUUUUUGUGUGUCUUAAUGCAAAUGUCAUGAAACUUCCCAAGGCUAUGUUUUUUUUUAUUUUAUUUAUUUUUUUAUCAAAUUUUCCAAUGUGUAACUUGAGGACUUUAAGUAUAUCUGUUUAGUCUUUAGAUCAAAUUGUACCUUUUUGAUUUACUUUUGUCAAUUUUGUCAACAUAUUUUAAAUCCUUAUUUACUGCCUUGAAUCAUGCAUACAUACCAGAUGACAUCGUUUAUACAUUUUCAGACAAAGGAGCAAUUGAAUUUGCUCGUUUUACUAUCAAUUAGAGACAUUUAAUGGCUUACUGCCCUCUAAAUGAGCAAAUGAAUGACAGUUUGGAUUUGAGAAGUAAAGGUACACUGCUGACCAUGGAGAAAACGUACAUUUUAUUGAAGAAUAACCCCCCCACCCCGCCGGCUGUAGAAAACUGUACUAUUAUCAAGACAGUGGACCCCCGCUAUUUGCAUCGGAAAGGGACCGAGCCUGACCGCGGAAAACGAAUGUCCGCAAAUAGUCGACACGCUCCUAAAACUGUUUGUAGUAUCUUAUAUUAAUAGUUUAAACUGUAAAUAUUCCACAAAGUAGGAUUCCAAAAGAGUUGAAUAGCAUUUGACUGGCUAACAAACAUCUCGAAAUAUUGCUCUACCCUUAAAAAGUCCGUCCAGUAUACAUCUUACGCUAAGCGCAACAAUGGAUGGCGCCGUAUUUACUGAAGCCAAAUCAUAACAACGCAAGCUUUUGCUUUUCGACAGGUUUAGCGACGAUCCGGUGAGUGGUCGUAACAGAUUCCACUGGUUUCGACGCCAUAUUUAGUCCUAGUUUUCUCCAUUUUAGACAAGAACCGAUGUUAGUUAAAAACAGAACGAAGCAAAAAAAAACAAAAAACGUCAAACGUUUUAAAAAUUGCCGAAAAGCUCGUGAAAUCCAACAACGCCUGAGUGGUGAAUGAAUGAAUGGAUGAAUGAGUACAUGAUCAUUUAACACAGUGAAUGUCCUCUAAACGCCCUUGAUAUCGUGCCUCCUCAGCCACUCUUUCCAGGUCAUCCUGUUUUCUCAGAAUCCACCAUGCGCAAACAAAGCCUGUUUGCGUUGGAAACUGCGCGUCCUCAGAUGUCCCCGUUUAAUCCUCAAAACAUUUGACGUCCCUGCGUGACUUUCUCCCCUUCCUGCCCGCUCAGCAGCCAGAACGCGCUUGGCACACUUUGCGUCUGUGCCGUCAUAAUUCCAGAUCUCGCGACCGAGCCGCAGUGUGUGAGAUCAGGCCUGGGACCCGUGUGCGUGUGCGUGUGUGUGUGUGUGUCCUGCAGAGCUGAACUGUCACUGCUGCGUCUCCUGGAACGCACAGCCAGGAGCCCAGAAGGAGUCGCCGGGCGGACGCUCCGUGGCCAUGUCGACCCUCUUGCACUGCAUCUCCAGCUCGUCUCUCACUGUGCUCCAACGAGGCGUACGUCAGAAAAUACCAGCGAGGAGGAAUUUCAGGACCUUCCCUGUGUUAUGGGACCAAAACGCCUCCAAAGGUGUUCUCUACAAGGAUCUGGUGGUCGGCGUUCCCAAGGAGACGUUCCAGAACGAGCGACGUGUGGCGUUGUCGCCUGCCGGGGUGCAGGCGCUGGUCAAGCAAGGCUUCAGCGUGAAGGUGGAGAGCGGAGCCGGUGAGGACUCCAAGUUCUCCGACCAGCAGUACAAAGAUGCAGGCGCCAGCAUCACUGAUGUCAAAGGAGUCCUUGGAUCAGACCUGGUCCUCAAGGUUCGAGCACCCAGUCUGAGCGAGGCAGACCUCCUGAAGCCAAAAUCCACCCUGGUGAGCUUCAUCUAUCCAGCUCAGAAUCCAGAGCUCAUGAAGAAGCUGUCAGAGCGGAAGAGCACAGUGUUGGCCAUGGAUCAAGUGCCCAGAGUCACCAUCGCGCAAGGCUACGACGCGCUCAGCUCCAUGGCCAAUAUCGCCGGGUACAAGGCUGUAGUUCUGGCUGCCAACCACUUUGGUCGAUUCUUCACCGGUCAGAUCACAGCGGCAGGAAAAGUACCACCGGCUAAGGUCCUGGUCAUCGGAGGAGGUGUCGCGGGUUUAGCAGCAGCGGGGGCAGCCAAAUCCAUGGGAGCCAUUGUGCGAGGAUUUGACACAAGACCAGCAGCUCUGGAGCAGUUCAAGUCGUUUGGGGCGGAGCCUUUAGAAGUGGACAUGAAAGAGUCCGGCGACGGGGUCGGAGGUUACGCCAAAGAAAUGUCAAAGGAGUUCAUUGAAGCCGAGAUGGCGCUGUUCGCCAAGCAGUGUAAAGAAGUCGACAUUGUCAUCACCACCGCCCUGAUUCCAGGAAAGAGGGCUCCCAUUCUGAUCAAGAAGGAAUUUGUGGAGUCCAUGAAGGACGGUUCUGUGGUGGUGGAUCUGGCUGCAGAGGCGGGGGGUAACAUUGAGACCACCAGGCCUGGAGAGCUGCACAUUCACAAGAACGUGACCCACAUCGGCUACAUGGACCUGCCCAGCCGCAUGGCCACCCAAGCCAGCACCCUCUACUCCAACAACGUACUGAAGCUGCUGAAGGCCAUCAGUCCCGACAAGGAGUACUUCCACUACGAGCCCAAAGAGGAUUUUGACUACGGCACGAUGGACCACGUCAUCCGCGGGACGCUUGUGAUGAAGGAUGGCGGGAAUACGUUCCCCGCGCCCCUCCCGAAGACCGUCCCCCCGCCGCCAGUCAAACAGAAGUCCAUGGCAGAGUUGGAGGCAGAGAAAGUGGCUGCUGUUUCUCCCUUUAAACGCACAAUGACCAACGCUGGCGUCUACACUGCAGGUUUGUCCACCUGUCUGGCUCUGGGCCUCAUCUCUCCCAACACAGCCUUCACGCAAAUGGUGACGACCUUCGGCCUGGCUGGGAUCGUGGGGUACCACACGGUGUGGGGCGUGACCCCCGCGCUGCACUCGCCCCUAAUGUCCGUCACCAACGCCAUCUCAGGUCUGACGGCAGUCGGCGGUCUGGUUCUGAUGGGAGGGGGUCUCACGCCGUCCUCACUUCCUGAGAGUCUCGCCCUCGCGGCUGCCUUCAUUUCCUCCAUCAACAUUGCUGGCGGUUUCCUGAUCACCCAGCGGAUGCUGGACAUGUUCAAGCGUCCCGCUGACCCCCCGGAGUACAACUACCUGUACGCGUUACCCGGGGCUGCCUUCGUCGGUGGAUACGCCGCAUCCGUGGCGGCUGGUUACAACAUCGAACAGAUGAUGUACCUGGGCUCCGGCUUGUGCUGCGUCGGUGCGCUGGCAGGCCUCUCCGCUCAGGGCACCAGUCGACUUGGAAACGCGCUGGGCAUGAUGGGAGUCGCAGGAGGCGUCGCCGCCACCCUAGGUGCCCUCAAGCCUACCCCGGAGCUGCUGUCACAGAUGUCGUUGGCCAUGGCCACUGGAGGGACUCUGGGUUUGACCAUUGCCAAGCGGAUCGAAAUCUCGGACUUGCCUCAGUUGGUGGCGGCGUUCCACAGCCUCGUGGGCCUGGCUGCGGUUCUCACCUGCGUGGCGGAGUACAUGAUCGAGUUCCCCCACCUCGACGCUCACCCGGCCGCCGGCGUGCUCAAGACGGUGGCCUACUUGGGCACGUACAUCGGAGGUGUCACCUUUAGUGGAUCGCUGGUCGCCUAUGGCAAGCUGCAAGGCAUCCUGAACUCUGCGCCUCUCCUGUUGCCCGGCCGCCACGUGUUGAAUGCCGGUCUUAUGGCGGCGUCGCUAGGAGGCAUGGUGCCCUUCAUGCUUAGCUCGAGUUACGGCACCGGAAUGGGAUGUCUACUCGGGGUGUCCGGGCUGUCCACUGUCAUGGGCGUCACGCUGACAGCGGCCAUCGGAGGUGCGGACAUGCCGGUGGUCAUCACCGUACUCAACAGCUACUCUGGCUGGGCGCUGUGCGCUGAAGGCUUCCUCCUGGAUAACAAUCUCAUGACCAUCGUCGGCGCCUUGAUCGGCUCCUCGGGAGCCAUCCUCUCUUACAUCAUGUGUGUGGCGAUGAACCGCUCCCUGCCCAAUGUGAUCCUGGGUGGCUACGGCACCACCUCCACAGCGGGCGGCAAACCCAUGGAGAUUGUUGGCAGCCACACGGAGGUCAACGUGGACCAGACCAUUGACAUCAUCAAGGAAGCCAACAGCAUCAUCAUCACGCCAGGUUGGGGGUUGUGUGCAGCAAAAGCCCAGUAUCCAAUUGCAGACAUGGUGAAGAUGCUGAAGGAACAAGGCAAGACUGUCAGGUUUGGUAUCCAUCCAGUGGCUGGGCGUAUGCCAGGCCAGCUGAACGUGCUCUUGGCUGAGGCCGGUGUACCCUACGAUGUGGUCUUGGAGAUGGAUGAGAUCAAUGAAGACUUUCCGGAGACGGACCUGACGCUGGUCAUCGGUGCCAACGACACUGUGAAUUCCGCUGCUCAAGAGGACCCAAACUCCAUAAUUGCUGGCAUGCCUGUCCUGGAGGUGUGGAAGUCCAAACAGGUGAUCGUGAUGAAGCGGACCUUGGGUGUGGGCUACGCCGCCGUGGAUAACCCCAUUUUCUACAAGGCCAACUCAUCCAUGUUGCUGGGAGACGCCAAGAAGACAUGCGACAGCCUCCAAGCCAAGAUCAGGGAGGCCUUCUACUAGGCCCCAUGGUACAAAAGAAAUAUUUUUCUUUCCAACCCCAGCAUUGGCUCUUAAGAUAUUGAACUCUGUAUCUAAUGAAAUGGAUGAUCUUAAAAUGUACAAUACUCGAUGAGAUUUCAUGAAUGGGACUGUUAUGUACUGGUUUGUAAAUAAAUAUAUUUAAAAGUA